GCUGGUCACAUGGGGGACAGCAGUCUGUUUAAAACAGCCUCAGCUCGCUCACUCCGAGCAGUGCGAGACACCGAGACAGAUGCGCACGUCGCCUCUCUCUUCCACACAAGCGCUCACACACAUGCUCAACGUAAGGAGACGGCAACUUUCCUCUAUCGGACUGACACAAUACACACCCCUUGCCACACUGGAGGAAGAGGAUAAGGAGUGACAGAUCAGGAAAAGCAGGCAAUAAAGAGGAGGUUCCCUGGUGAAGAGGAGGACUGUGCGGAAGUUUCAUCUUUUCCAAGAUGGCAAACCUUGUGACAUCGCUGUGCUGUGUAGUUCUGGCCGCAGUGGUGGUAGCCUACGCGCAGAGACGCAGUCAGCUUGUCGCCAGGAACCAGUAUGAGCGAAUGGGCAGCGACGUCACCAUGCAAUGCGGAUCCCUUGACAACGACGCAUCGGUGUCAUGGAAGGUGAACGGGACGGACGUGAAGGCCCAGCACCGUCUGGAAGGCCCCAGACUGAUACUGACCCAAGUGGACCUGGGCCACAACGGACUCUACAGCUGCUUUCAGAACCCCAAUGGAGAGAGACGCGACACCAUCAACCUCCGCAUCGGCAUUUCCCCUCUGGAGCCGAUUGUCUCUUGUCGAUCCAACACGUAUCCCAACGGCUUCUACUGCAGCUGGCACCAGCAGCACUCGACUUACAUCCCCACCACAUUUGAAGUGGACGUUCAACAUAAAGAACGUUCGCUGGAUGUGCAAAAAGACGCCAUCCAUAAGAAUCGCUGCCACGUACGCUUUCCAGAGGUCUUCUCCAGCUCCCCGUACAAAGUCAACGUAACCGCAAUCAGCGCUUUGGGCAAAGCCUCCAGCACAAUCACUUUUCAGGAGCACAGUAUAGUCAAGCCAGACCCCCCUGAGCGUGUGACGGCGACUCCGAUCCGUUACAACGCACGAAGGCUGGAGGUAUCCUGGCAGAGUCCCGCCACCUGGCCCGACAUCGACACCUUCCCAUUAAAGUACUUUCUCCGAUACCGUCCGCUCAUCAAGGAGACGUGGCAGCACGUGGAACUAUCUGAGAGCACUUCUCACACCAUCACCGAUGCUUAUGCCGGGAAGGAAUACAUCAUCCAGGUCGCCGCCAAAGACACGGAGGUCGGAACAUGGAGCGACUGGAGCGUCGCCGUGCACGCCACACCUUGGAUUGAGGAACCAGUGCAGACCACCUCCACGACCGAUGUGGAGUAUCUCACGCAGACAAAGACUUCGCCCAUACCGUCAUCCAACGCACCACAUAAGGCUGAGCCUCCAGUGGGCGGAGCUGGCAAACUUCUCAACUUCUUCUCGCCUCUUCUCUUUGGGAUAGUGCUGCUUAUCAUGUAAUGUAACUGUCAAAAAGGAGAAGACGAAGAGGGGGAAGAAGAAGAGGCCGGAUCUUUGUUUUCUCUUUUUGCACAAGUCCCAAGGAUGUCGUGCAUUGAUCAUUUCUGUCUUAUCAUCGACUUACUUGCCAAGAUGACUUGUACAAUGCCCCCCUCCCCCACACCAAUGAAGCAGUUUCAAUUAAUGUCGACACGCAAGAGGAGCCGCCGCCUCAUCUUCAUCAUCGUCUUCAUCAGCAGCAACAGUAGAAGCAACGCUGAAAACACUUGCCCGCUGGCUUUAAUUUAAUUUGUUCGGCUGGUAUUGACUUUCCACUCUGCCUUUUUUUUUUUUUUUUUUUUUUUUCUCGGGUUUCGUGUGUGUGUGAAACGACAGCGGAAUUCACACAACAAAAACAAAAUCGGCGCACCUAAAAGUCGAGCAUGUGCUCACGUGCUUAUGCCCAGCCGCUGUGCCAGUGCCCCCAUACAGCUAAACCGUCAUGCCAAAGACUCAACGACGCCCCCUGCAGUAUAAAAUAUCAAAUAUGUUCCAAAUUCAACAGGGAUGCGAGGACCAACACUUGUCUGCUUGGUUGAAACAUUUUGCUUGCAUCUGUCAAGAAGGACGAUGAUUGUAAAAACAAAAACAAAUAUAUCUAUAUGUGGAAUAAAGUCUAAAGCUGCCCUACUAUUUUUUUUUUACUUCUGACAAAGAUAUAAGGCUCUUUUUCGGGUAGGCAUUGAUGGCUGUAAAAUAACACAAAUCACUUUGCUUUCUGACGCCUUCACGCGCAUAGAAAAUGUCUUUUUGCAGUUUUCAGUCACCAAGAUCAACUCUUGGUAUUAUGUUAUUCCGACGAGUACCGAUGUGUUUUAUUGUGGGUUUUUUUAUGUAUUUUAUGGAGAAACAACUACAAAACACACAUAUAGGCUUUUAGUUCAGUUUUUUUUUUAAUCCGACAUUCAUAAAGGCUUAUUUCUCUGAUCCAAUUUUGUAAACUAUGAUAUGUAACUUUAACAUUGAAGAAAAGUUUAUUAUUUAAUAAUAAUAAUAAAAAAAAUAAUGUAUGAAUUAGCAGUAGAAUGUCGUUACCUGUACCUGGGGUCUUUUUUAUAUCUGUAUAUACAAUGACAGGUUUCAACCAUUAAAUGUGACCAUUUCACAAUGAA